UUUCUUGUGUGUGUGUGUGUGUGUGCGUCCUGGUGUCACCUGUUCUAACGCCACCGUUGCCGCCGCCAGUAUGAACCCGGAGAGUUUCGCGGCCGGUGAGAGGCUGGUGUCGCCGGCCUACGUGCGGCAGGGCUGUGAGGCCCGCCGCACGCACGAGCACCUCAUCCGGCUGCUUCUGGAGCAGGGCAAAUGUCCAGAGGAUGGUUGGGAUGAAAGUACACUUGAACUCUUUCUACAUGAACUGGCGAUCAUGGAUAGCAACAAUUUCCUGGGCAACUGUGGUGUGGGAGAAAGGGAAGGGAGAGUGGCUUCGGCUUUAGUUGCUCGGCGUCAUUACAGGUUCAUUCAUGGAAUUGGACGAUCAGGUGAUAUUUCUGCUGUGCAACCAAAAGCUGCAGGUUCUAGCCUUUUGAACAAAAUUACCAAUUCUUUGGUCCUGGACAUCAUAAAGAUGGCUGGUGUCCAUUCAGUGACCAAUUGCUUUGUAGUGCCUAUGGCAACUGGUAUGAGUCUAACUCUGUGUUUCUUGACAUUACGACACAAAAGACCAAAGGCAAAGUAUAUUAUAUGGCCACGAAUAGACCAGAAGUCCUGCUUUAAAUCCAUGAUCACUGCAGGUUUUGAGCCCGUGGUGAUAGAGAACGUUUUAGAAGGUGAUGAGCUGCGCACAGACCUGAAAGCAGUAGAAGCUAAAAUCCAGGAACUUGGGUCUGAUAAUGUGCUGUGUGUUCAUUCUACUACAUCCUGUUUUGCUCCAAGGGUACCUGACAGAUUAGAAGAACUGGCUCUGAUUUGUGCUUCUUAUGGCGUUCCACAUAUAGUCAACAAUGCUUAUGGAUUGCAGUCUUCAAAGUGUAUGCACCUCAUUCAGCAGGGGGCUCGGGUUGGAAGAAUAGAUGCUUUCGUUCAGAGCUUGGACAAAAAUUUUAUGGUUCCAGUAGGUGGCGCUAUAAUUGCUGGCUUUAAUGAUUUCUUCAUUCAGGAAAUCAGCAAGAUGUAUCCAGGAAGAGCUUCAGCUUCACCUUCUUUAGAUGUCCUUAUUACUUUAUUAUCACUUGGAUCAAAUGGCUAUAAGAAACUAUUAAAAGAAAGAAAGGAAAUGUUUUCAUAUUUGUCCAUCCAACUAAAGAAGCUGGCAGAAGCCUACGAUGAAAGACUGUUGCAUACACCUCACAAUCCCAUAUCUUUAGCUGUGACACUUAAGACACUAGAUGAGCACCGUGACAAAGCUGUCACUCAGCUUGGCUCAAUGCUUUUUACCAGACAGGUUUCUGGAGCCAGAGUUGUGCCUCUUGGGGCUGUGCAAACUGUGAGUGGCUACACUUUCCGAGGCUUCAUGUCACAUACCAAUGAUUACCCUUGUGCCUACCUCAAUGCUGCGUCAGCCAUUGGAAUGAAGACACAGGAUGUGGACUUGUUCAUAAAGAGACUGGACAAGUGUUUCAAGAUAGUAAGAAAAGAACAAAAUAGAGAGAGUGAUGGAUCUGGAGUUGACAAUGACAAAACUGAAGAUGUGGUUAUUGAAGAAAUGGGUUUAAAACUAGAGAAUGUACUUCUUGACAAGUUCGAGGAUUCUUCAUGACAUGUGAAGGGUUUCUUUUUGAUAAUUUGAAAGAAAUGAUGAGGUGACAGUAUAAGCAAGCAGUUUAAAGAUAAGUCUUGAAAUUUUUGAAUUGAGAAUGUCAUGGAGAAUGUUUGGUCAAGGAAUAGAAUCUGGCCUGAUUUAGCCAUUUAUGAUUGUUAUACUUUUUAUUCUUAUAUAGCCUCAAGCAUUAUGAUCCUUAAUGGAUUAUAAUACACAAUUAGCAUUUUUCUAAUUGUAAAAAUAUUUGUCAACUAAGCAUUAUGAUUCAUAUAAUUCUUAUAUAAGAGCAGUAAAAUUACCACAAUACUUUUUGAAAUGU